AUGGGUCCAUUUGACCCGGGCAGCCAUUGCACCAAAUGUUCACAGCUUCGUCAAGAAGAGAGAGUGGUUCGACAGCAGGCGCGCGCACUGCAGGGCCUGGGCCGUGGCGGUGGCUUCUUCGAACGUUCGGAGGGUGAUCGCGGGCGUGGAACCCGCAGUGAGGAGCUGAUUGAAGAGGCCAAAGGCGGCUUGGACGUCUAUGGACGCCGGCGAGGAGCUGAUCCUCCGAGCAACAGUCCCCGCAUCACAGCGAGUUCGGGGCCACGCAACAGUCUAACCACCGUGGGCGAACUGCCCAGCAAGCAAGACCGUCAGAAAGCCGCGCCCGGGGUCCGUGGCGACCGGCAGCCCAGCACCGAGGCUGGAGAGGCUACGAAAUCCGGUGGUGAAAAAGAAGGAUCUUUCGCCGCCGAGGACGGGCAAGAUGACGCCUGCGCGGUCGGCCUGUCCGUGACCAACGACUAUGGGAUGGACUCCAGCGAGUUCGAGGCGUUCAUGGAGAUUUUCCCCGAAGCCGAAGCCUUUGGAUAUCAUCGCCAGGACGCAUGCAGGUGGCAUGCUAUCACCUGUUCACACGGGCACGUUCUUGAGCUGUGGUUGUCCAAGCAUGAUUUGCAGAAGAAGACGACUCUAACUGCAGCAAUUGGCAAAUGGACCAAGUUGGAGCUUAUCAACAUCAACAACCACUCGCUGAACACCUUGCCAGAUGAGCUGAGCAAGCUCCAGUGCUUGAGGGAGCUGAAGAUCCGUAAGAAUCCCUUGACCUCCUUGCCGGACACCCUGUGCCAGCUCAGCGGCCUUGAGAAUUUGGAGUUGGUGAAUCUUCCACUCCGAACCUUGCCUGACUGCAUUCACCAGCUCAAGGGCUUGAAGUCGCUGACACUCGCAGAAAGUCCAGCAGUGGAAGCAUUGCCAGAACGUCUUCCAAUGAACUUGCGAACGCUGAAUCUCAAGUUCGAUAGCUUGCAGUUCCUGCCAAGCUCUCUGUGUUCGCUCCAACUAACGCAUUUGAGGUUGGGAGGAAACCGACUGACUGCCUUGCCCGAUUGCAUCGGUCACAUGACCUCUCUUCUGAACCUGAAUGCGUUCAGCAACCGGUUGACCUCGAUCCCGAGCUCUUGCGCUUUGCUCCAGAACCUUCAGGGAUUAUACCUGCAGCACAACCAGUUGACCACAGUCCCUGAAGCUGUAUGCAAACUGCCGGACUUGAGGAUGCUGAACUUGGGGCGGAACAACUUGACGUCGCUGCCGACGUGCGACCUCCCCAACUUGAGGUUCAUGAACUUGGUCGAGAAUCAGCUCACGCGUGUACCUGACUGGGUCAGCAUUUUGCCAGAGUUGACGUCAAUGCAACUUCAGCACAACAAGCUCAGGCAGCUGCCGAUGAAGUGGGAUUUACCUGUUCUGAAGUUCCUCAACUUGUUCGGAAACGAGUUGACUUCUUUGCCGGAGAAGUUCUUUCAUGGAAUGGAAUCGUUGGUAUCGCUCUACCUCGCCAGCAAUCAGCUGACCGACCUACCUGAAGGUUUAGAUCGAUUGCAACAACUGAAGCGUCACGGCAGCACCAGACCUGGCCGGUGGGUUCCACCGAAAAAGGGGGCGGAACCCAGAGUCGGUUGGCGUUUGGAGCUUUCCAAAAACCAGCUGAUGGAACUGCCCGAGUCGUUGUGCCGGCUCAACGCCUCGCUCAAGUAUUUGCAUGCUUACUCCAACCAGUUCACUUCCCUACCAAAUGCCUUGGGAGAGCUAAAUGCACUCAAGCGGUUGAGCUUGGGGACGAACCAGCUGACGUCGCUCCCAGAGUCCAUGGGCCAGUUGAGAAAUCUGGAGCAGCUCACCUUGAGAAACAACCGGUUGACCACGCUGCCAGAGUCCUUGGGCCAGUUGAAGAACUUGACGCGUUUGCACCUGGCACACAAUCAGCUCACCGAACUACCCAAGUCCUUGGGGAAUGCCACACAGUUGCUAUGGCUCGCUUUGGGCAACAAUCGUCUGAGCCAACUUCCGGAUUCCUUGGUUCAGCUCAAAUCACUACAGUACCUUUACCUUGAGAGCAAUGACUUGCAAUCUCUACCUGCAGAUUUGGGCAACCUUGCUGACAUGAGGUUCUUAAAGCUGCAGAACAAUCGACUGUAUGCCCUACCUGAAUCCAUUUCCUCAAUGACCGCGCUGGUGUACCUCAUGGUGCAGGUGAAUGAACUGAGAUCGCUGCCGGAAUCCUUCCACCAAAUGAAGAGGCUGAGGUGGCUCUAUGUGCAGGCGAACAAGCUGAGCUCCUUGCCAUCCUCCUGGGGCAGCUUGAGCAAUUUGCAGGAGCUCCUGGCGGGCGACAAUCAGUUGACCUCAUUGCCGGACACACCGGAGAUUCCAAGCUCUUUGAGGCUUCUACACCUGAAGAACAAUCGUCUUCAGCAUCUACCCGAAUCGCUGAGCCAGAUGCAAAGUCUCCAGCAUUUGAAGCUUCAGAACAAUCACUUGGACGUUUUGCCUGAGUCUAUUGGUGAAUUGCCCAAUUUACAGGUGUUGGAGUUGCAGGAGAACAGGCUCACAUCCCUGCCCUCCUCGCUUGGCAAGUUGAUGAGUUUGAAGUACCUUUACGCGCAGAAGAAUCGCUUGCAGUCCAUCCCUGCCCUAACCCAACUCUCUGGCUUGAAGGUGCUUUUGCUCCAUCAGAAUUCCAUCAGCGGAAACCUCAAGGAGAUUUGUGCCCUCGCAUCUGCACAAGUGAUUUAUUUGCACAACAACGAGCUCACAGGCCUGAUCCCCAGCUGCGUGAGGCAUCUCUCUUCGCUGAAGGCCUUAACCCUACACCGCAACUCGCUGUCGGGGCAGCUGCCGGAAGAGUUGGCGACGUUGUCAUCCUUGGAGAUGCUGACCCUUCACAUGAAUUUCUUGGAGGGCAGUAUUCCCUUGGCCUUCACUGAUGCUCCAUCCUUGGGAUUUCUCACCUUGUACUCCAAUCAAAUCUCGGGGCAGGUGCCACCUUUGAAUCUUCGUCCCACUUGCAUGGAUGAUUUGUCCUUCAUGGUCCCAGCAUAUCGCGUUGAUACACAAGAAGAAGUGGAGCUCACUUGCAACUCUCAUCACCACACAUUGUACAGAGAGGAAAUUCAAUGGACGAGCUUUUUGGAAGAGCAAUUGGCAGAGGCAUGCCCCAAGUCUCAUGGAACUUGCCAAUCUGCAAGCUCUCGAGGUCCCGUCUUAUUGCUGCAGAGUAACCGCUUGUCCUGUGCUUUGCCCUUGCGGAUGACCUUGGAGUCCGGUCCUUUAAGAUCGUUGAUCCUUUUUGGCAACAUGCUGGGCGAUGGGUUGGAGGCUCUUCCUUCCUGGAUCCAUGAGCGCGAACGUCAGCCCUUCCUCUAUGUGUCGAGCCACACUCCAACUCAGCUUUUGCUGCUGAUUGCUUUGCUGAUGUUAUUAUUCAUCUUUGGAGCCAGACUCACCUUGGGCCACCAUUGGCUUGACGCUCUGAUGUUCAGCAUCAGAAACUUCUUCGAUGAUGGACAGGAUGAUGGACAGGAUUUGACUCGCCGAUCCCAUGUAUUUCUAUUGAAAAUGGCAGGUGCUUUGUCAGCUAUCGGUUUUUUUCUCUUUGCCUUGCACCUGAAGAACGCCCAGUACUACGAGUGUGGCGAUAGCUUUGCCCGAACGACCUUCGCCUAUUUCUUGAGCGAGGACCCACACGCAGAGUUGGCGGUGUCAUGUUGCUGGUGUUUCUGGGCGCUUCUUUGUAUGUAUUCCCUUCGCCUCCUCCCGCAAGCAAGCCAGCCCUUCCGCGAGCGCUUCUCCAUCAAGCCGCCAAGCGCUUCUCCAUCAAGUGGCAUUUGGAGGGCCUUGCGAAUAGCGUGUUGCGGUGGACUUUGGGCUUGCAUUGUUUGCAUCCUCUCCCUGCCGUCGCUGGCAUACACCUUCGCCAAUACCUUGCCACGCGAGAACACACUGGUGGAGAAUCAAGCUUGGCUACAGUUUUCACACAAGCAAGCUGCUUUGGCCAUGCUUUCAGUUGACCUGAUCAUCACUCAGCGCUUGGCCGAACGCUUUAGCCGUUGGGCCAACAUGCGCCGAUCCUUGUUGCUGAUGGCUGCGCGUUUGGCGACCAUGUGGCUAUAUGCCACAGUGUGUGCCAUCGUGCUGAACGAGCAGUGCAUGAGAGGAUGGACAAAAUUUUGGAAAGUGUGCGAUAAGGCAUCAGAUUCCUACAAGGAGUUCAACAUCACUUUGGGGCAUAACUAUUUGCUGAAUCCAACCAUCGAUUUGUGCGCGGCCAAUGGCCGCUGGAGCCAUCAUGGAGCUUGUAUGCGCUCGGUGAUUGAGACCCUUGCGCCGUUAUUUCUUCAGAAGAUCUUGCAACGCGCUUUCAUCCAGCCUGUGAUGAUGUUUGUGGUGUGGGCCUUCUCCAAGAAUGUGGAAGGCAAGCUCAUCUUGAAGUCAACCUACUUUCCGAUUUGUACCAGCAGAGGAUUGGACCGUGCACGCCAAGGAUCUUUGCUGGUGACCUUGGCGGAGCUGGCUUUGCUGUGGGGAGCCUUUGUGCCUUUGCUGCUUCCUGCAGUGCUGUUGGCCACUACGACUAACCUCAUGGUCUUCCGCCUCGGUCAGAGCCACUUCAAGGCCAAGGUUCCAGAACUGCGGGAGACCGACGACUACCGAGGCUAGCCUGGUGGAAGCGCCCCACUUGGGGUCGGUCAGAAGGAGUUGGGAAGUCCGACCUCAUUCCGAACUCGAAGCCUCACAUGUUGAUAAUGAAUUGGAUACUGUACAUGUCAUGGAGUUAAAACUGAGGACAUCAACAAAAUACAUUGAUGGGUUUUGGGGGUCAACACAGAUGCCAAAGGUGUGGCAGAUGCACUGUCGGAUGCUCUUCAGCUCGUCAGCUCUGGAUUUUAGGUCAAACCCGGUCGCCCUUUCUGCUGUGGUGGUUCCACUGCAAACAUGAUACAGUUUCAAUUUCAUGACUCCAAAAUGGUGCACCACUUUGGUCAGAUCUCGCAAGACUGGUCGCGUGCUCGGAGUUUCGAUGUUUCUUGAGCAUUCCGAAGACCGGAGAAGGUUCUUCCGGGGUUGGGGGGUCAGUUCCUGCCUGCAGGAGGAGGUAUUGAAUCCAAGAGGGUUUAUGGCAUAGGGUCCAGGCAGAUUCUUGAGCUGCUUCUUUGCCUUGACGCCAUAAGGAGAUGCAUGCAUGUCUCCAGGCUAUCUGCGCAGCUGCCUGGGCGUUCUUCUCUUCAGUCAAAACUUAUAUGCCUGGACGACUGGGAUGCAUGGCGCCUCCUUGCUGUUGCUCGCAGCUGCUGCAUACAUCUUCGAGCUCGUGUGCGUGGGCAUCGCAUGCAUGGGCUGCAGGUCGGCCAGGUCUGCCUCUCCAGAGCAAAUUGAGAUGAUGGACAGAGGAUGGACCAUCUUCCGAAUGCCUUCAUGAGAGCCGAGAGUGAGAUCCACCACUGAGACCGAUGCUUCACUGGUCUUUUCUCAAGAGCAUUCAAGAGCCAUCUUGCUGGAGACCGAGACUUGCAGGAGACUGUGGAGAGCCGUGACAACACGUGGGCCAAGAGACAAACUGGUACCUGGAGAGACAACACAGGAGACUGAGACGCUGCUUCGAUGUUUACCAGCCAGAACCAUCACCGAUCCCAAGAUCCAGGUCACCGGAGAUUCGUUCAGGUCCCAAAGCAACGAGGAGAGGGAUGGACUCGGUCGACCUGAGGACCCCUGAUCUUCGGAGAGAAUGCGAAGGAGAGGUGUUUCCCGGUCGCACGGCCAUCGCCACGGUGCACCGCCACGGUGCAUCCGAAAAGCGAGCUUGAUGUUGACGUGGGCGUGAAGGUGAAGGUGUGCGGAGAACGACUUGGAAAAGAACUUGCCAUGGGAAAAAGAAUCAG